UGCCCUUCUGGUUGAAGUUGGAGACAUCCUGCUGGAUGAUGUUGUUGUCAUCGUGGCCGAUGGCCUUCUCGACGGCGUAGGCUGCUUCUGCUGUUGCCAUUUUGUCCGAGUAUUGUGGCUGUCGUGUUCGAUUCGCGUGUCCUGUGGUGGAACGGAGGUCAAGAGCCCCAAAUGCUGAAGGCCACUGGCACCUUUAAUCACCGGUGUUGCUAGAUCCAUGGCGUCAGACGGCUGCAAGAUAGGACUCGGAUUCGGCUAGUGCCGUAGAAGGUAUGACGAUGUUUCCCCGUCAUUGUCGAUGGUGGUUGAAAGAAACAGGCGAAAAGGAACGGCCGACGUCAUUGAUCGAGAUCCAAAUCCUACUUUGGCCUCAAUUGUGGGCCAGCCUUGGCACGAACACAAGCCUUAUCUUAUCGCCCGUGUUGGGAAGGCAGGUUCUCACCUCAGGGCGAGUUGCCAGGUAGCUGGCUGACUGUCCCGACACAAUGCGACAUCACCGUCACCAAGCGACAGAUAGAACUCUCGCAGCAGUUGAUGAACAUCAUGAUACAGCUGAAUUCCACCGGCGGUGGCACACCGUAAGCCCCUUAUCAGAACAACGCCACUCAUAACACCUAGCAGCACCCAGGAAUUCCUCAAAUUCCUUGGCAAUGAACUCAGCAGCAAUGGGUUCUCCAAAUCCCGAGUCACCGGCAGUCCCACGGCCUUCAUCAGAUAACACGGGGUGGACAGCAAGCAGUUCGGGUUCCAGCCACAACGGCAACAAUUCUCAUGGCAACAUGAGUUCUCGACAAGAAGUCUUCAUCAGUUAUCGUGGUUGGCCAGAACACCGUCAUCCACUGUUCAGCCAACAGGACGCAACCGAUAACCUGGACGGGACUCACUGGUCCAAAGGUCUUGAAUCAUGGUCGCCCUCUCUUGGCGGCCUUGUCGGGGGUUGAAUACAAGCCCCUUGGGGCCAUAUCCCAACUGGGACUUACUUGCCGAGGCUGGGUGGUAUGACACCACAGGAAAGAAAGGUCAUCUCAAGGAAUAUGCCCCAUCACCUCAGGAGGAAGUCUCAAGCUGCCUUCAGCGAAGUCUAGAAUCAGAGGCUUUGGUGUCACGGUUUACUGAGGAUGAUUCCUGGCCAUCGGAUUGUGGGAAGGUAGAGGGCACACCUACAGCCACCUCUCCUUGGACAGUCACUCCCCCUGAACAUUCCGAAGAGAAGGCCAAGGAGCUGGAGCAUGCCCAAUCUUUUGACUUGAAAGACUUUGCAUAUUUCUACAACCAUGACGGCCGCGAUCACGCAAGCACACACCUUGAAGGCCAUGCGUUGCCCAAAACACCUAUUUCGCAACCAGCAGUUACCAAGACUGCCCCCGUACUUGGACCAAGCAAAGUGUGGGCUCUUCCGCCACGAAUCCGUCGCAGAAAGAAAACAAAGCCGGCUGGCGAGAGUCCGCCGAGCAGCAAGGUCAACCCCAUCGAUAAACCCAAACCGAAGAAACGGGGUGCUUUUACCGACAAAGCCAAGAAACGCAGCACGGCCCUGACUCGUCAACUAAAGUCAUGUAUCAGGUGUCGUAUGAACAGAGGGCGUUGCCUUCCAAACCCCUCCUUCCCUUCCGGACCCUGCCUCACGUGUCAACUCAUGACUGGCCCAACACUGAGCAAGAUGCCAUGCUACCGCUACAUUAUUACGGAAGCUUCCCUCUAUCGCGAACAAAAAGCCCCCUGGCAGAUCUUCAGCCGUCGCUGGCAAAGCAUGGACAUUGUCGACAUUUCGUCGUCCGACUGGGCACCCUCUUCUCGUAUCAGAACCAUCGUGGUCAGCCACCUCAACGUUCCAACACAAUUUGCAUUUCAGGUCAGAGAGUUCAUUCCCACCGCUGGCGACAUCUUGGAAGACGAGGUUACCGACCCUGUGGAAGGGACAGUGACAAAAGUCCCGUUGCCGAGGUUUGCAGUAGCGGAUAUGAAGGCCACAGCGGAGAACAUGAGGGGCUUUGUAGAUGGAAAUGUCCACAACUUCAUCACAGCCAUGGUGGGGCGAGAUGAGCUGUUGUGGGAGACGUAUUUGAUGGCUUUCAGGCAGGUUGGGUUGGCGAGGACAAAACAAGAACAAACCCUCCUGUCAAACACAUUCCGUCUCUGGGUUGUGUGCCGCAUGACAAGCUCACCAGUGUACAUCUGCGGAGACGACAAACUUGGAGGCACUCCGCACCCGCUUUGCGACAACCGCGUCAUGAUGCCCUUGCUGAUGACGGCACAGUUUGAGUGCAUCAACUACACUACCUUUCUAAGACCAUGGAGCAGGGCGGUGUUGAAACAGCUGAACGACUUGGUGUUGGCGAAAAAGAGAGAAUACUGGUUAACCAUUUAUUUGACAAUGUUUGUGUUACUACACAGCUGCGCCAUGAUCACCAAGCGGGACGAGGAAACCGCGAGGCAGUUUAGGAUACCUGGUAAAUACGCCAACCCAGCCAGUAUCAGAGAACAUCACUGUGGUGCCCAGACGAUGCUUGCCCACUUUCACUACAUCAACCGAGGGGUCGUUCCCUUUUCGCUCCCACUGCAUACAAAAGAUGGAAGAAGUGAUCUGGCCAAGGCAGCAAAUUUGACCGAGGAGCAGGUCAGCUUUGUGAGAAUGACAGCCGAGAUGGUCAAAGACAUCGCAAGACAAAGCACCAUGAGAACUGUCCGAGAACAGGAAGACGUCGGUCAUGAUUUGUACUGGGUUUCUAUGCUCUAUGACCAGGAGUGGAGGCCAAAACAAAACGAGUGAGGAGAAGAAAAAAGACCUAGAUACCAAGAAGAACAGACCUGCUGAAGAAGUACUAUCGAAGAAGAUUCCUCAGUCACAGGAACCACCCGUAUUCAACACCCUCCCCGUCACGGGGUGCCUCAACGGAGCAUAGUCCCAAUACCUCCCCCUCUUAUCACUCCCCUCAUCCUCAAAAUCAUCAUCAAACACCCUCGCCCAAGCCAGCCUCAACGGCCAAGGCAGGUUCCAGCACAUUCCCUCAUCAUUAUUCAGCCAGAUCCUCACCAGAUGCCUCGGUUUACUACCCUGUACAUUCUCAAACGCCUCUCUUCUGUGAAGCAAGCCGAGGUUGUUCACAAACCUGAUGUCACCCCUCUCCAUCCGGGGUUUGAUCUCAUGUUUCUUGGCAAUAAAAUGAACCGCGUCGAGGGCCUCGGCUUGCGCCUCUGUCAGCCCUGGGAUAGCCUUGCUCCGCGGGGUGAAGGGUGCGUGGCCGACGAGAAGACGGCGGGAAAAGGAGGUGAUGAGGCGGUGGUCGUGAAAAUACAUCAGUGCCCGGCGGUAAAAAGGGGGGUCGCGGCCGUAGGUGUCGAACGGCCAGUCGGGGGAGGCGAGGGUGUGGAUGAGGUCCGGGCGGGUGGCCGCGAGCUCGUUGUAGACUGUCCAGGCUGAGGCAAAGGUGGAUCUGCCGCCUGAAGAGGCGAGCUCUUGGGUGAAGAGACAGAGUGUGUCGGUUACGGUGUCGGUGUGGAAGGGUUUGUCGGAGGAGUAGAUGCUGUCGUGGAGAGUGGACUCAGCGGAUUGAUCCCCGCGCUGCAUGACGUGGAUGAGCAUCGAGCCGCGCUGGUCCUGGCGGCCGCGCCGGGAGGCGACGUAAGACGAGAGGCCGAGGUAGAUGGCGGUCAGGUCGGCGAGGGGGUAGUCGUCGGGGUCAAGACCGCGGACGAUGUAAAAGCCUUUGCCGAGAUAGAUGUCGUUGCAGAUGCCGGACAAGAUCGGGCCAAGGUCGGGAAGGGGGAAGAGGUACUUGGUCACUUUCUGAGAGUCGAGGUUGUGGGAUUUGAAGAAGGCGAGGGCGGCCAGAAUCUCGGUCUUGUCAGACGGGGUGAGGUAGUAGACGUAUUCGUCUUCAGAAGGGAAUGAGUUUGAGGUCCAGACCAGGGGCCCUGAGAGCUUUGUUGGCCAGCCGUCAGGCACCGAGGUGGGAAGACCGCCUGCUUUGACACGAGCUGUCGACCGAGCACGGUAUUUGGCUUCAUCGACUUCAUACUCAAUGUCCGCGCAUUUGCCUCCGUUCAGGCGAGCAUCUACGUCGGCUUGUUCGAGCCGGACACGAUCGAUGUGGAAGCGGGCACGCAGACCCUGAGAGUAAUAGGGUGCCGGAGCAGUAGUGGCAUCACUGAGCAUGGUCAUGUUGCGUACCUUAUCCGACUAAAGAGUUGACAUGGAAAAUGGAAGCUGGGCGUGUUGGUGUAUUGCUUUCGUGACAAGAUGGCUGGCAUGGAGAAAGAGACAGAACUUCGGUCGAGCAUUUCUUCAGCUCUUAUAGACUAUUUCAGGAUGGCCGAAAUCUCAACAGCCUCACAUAGGCCUCAGAUACCUGCUCCAUCAGUGACGCAAGCCACUCGGAGGUAAUCAUUAUCACCAUGUCGGCCGCCUGCCCGUCGAGUGAGGUGCCGUGGGCCGAUGGUCUGGACGAGUCCACUGGAUGACAUGGGGGUCAUGAGGAGUUAGAUCAUCACAUUGGCCCUUCAGUGUGUUGAGUAUCGCAUUAUUAUUAUAGAACAACAAGACCGUAUCUUACCCCGUCGUG